AUGGGGAGGCGCUGGUGGCCGGCGGUGGGCCUCCUGCUACUAAACCCUUAGCUGCUGUCCCCUUUGCAUUUCUGCUUGGGUGCUCCAAGUCAUCCAUUUAUUUUCCCCGGCCUCUCUCCCCCCAUGCUCUGAUUCUCUCUUUCCUAUUACGACAGACAGACCCCCGAUGUGUGGUUCCCUCCCCGCUACUCCGUGAAGGCCCACGGAAUACAGGUGGGGGUGGGUGCUAGAUGUCAUUUUCCGGAUUGCUGGGGUCACGCUGCUAGGCCACCUAGCAGGUAUGUGCUUCGCUGUUGCAGAUAGAUUCCUUCAUCACAAUAGCUUUCCUAUUUCCACAGUUGCAGCCAAGAUGGGGGACUUAAAAAACUGAGGUCAGAAGGGGUGGGGGGUAGUUGUGUAUCAGUUUGGAAAAUGGAGCCCUCACCUAAAGCUGCUGCUUCUGUAUACUCAAAAUCAAUAAAACAGCAACUCAUUAACUCUUUAUUUUGUACUUCAUUUCCUGUCUUUUUCAUACUGAAAUGUAGUUUGGUUUUUCCUCCCCCUCAUUUCUCUCCUCUGGUCACUUUCAGCUUCAGUUUACUUUUUCACUGGUAUCCCCCACCUGCACCUUUUGUUUCUUGGGGUGGGGGUGAAGGAUGGGAAAGAGAAGAGGGCUUGUCACAGAGGUUUCUAACCCUCGGCUUUUAUAGCUGUGAUCAUGAAACAUUAAUUUGGAGAUCUGGUGUCUAGGCUGCAGAGAGGGUCAUGCACUUGAAUCGGGUUCUCAUUUCUAGUUGGUUGUGUGUAUAUUCGAUGCAUAAGGUGAUAAGCUCUUUUCCUUGGGCUUCCACUCCCCCCCCCCCAUAUCCAGCCUGCUGUAAACAUACUAACCUUUACUCUACCUUUCCUGGAGAUUUUCAGUUUCUCUACAUCUCCACCCAUAUCCUUCACAUAAGUGACUUGCUAUGUUCCCUAGAGAAGGAUAUACAGCUAACUCACCACCCUCAUAAAUUCUUAGACCUUCCCAGACAAAAGCCCGCUCUGACUUCCAGUUUCCAAGUAUUUCUCCUUCUUGGCUACUUUUGUUAAGUCUCCUGGGCAAGGCCUUCAGGAGGCCUGAACUAUUUUUGCAUCUCCAUUCCCUCCCACCUCACUGCCCCCUUUAAGAAGCUAGAAAAAAAAGAAAAAAGGAAAACUAGUUUCCGAGAAAAACCAUCACUGAGAAUCCAGAUGAGUAACCCAGACAAUUCCAGUUCAAUAAUCCCUGUUGCUGCUCCCCUCACUGGGUCCAAUGUUCAGGUACAGGAAGAGAAUAGGAUCUGAGAUGGGAUAAGGCAGGGAAUUGGCUAUCACCUUUCUCAGGCUCUUCCAUUUUCCCCAAAUAGUGUGCAUUCUCCUUUAAGGGGCUGGGCAUCUCUGCAGCCUGCUCCCAGUCUGAAGUUUCCGAGGAGCCUCCUUCAGCUGAGCAGGACACACCUUCCCAAAAACCCCAAGUCCUGCUAUACACCUCAAUGCAUCUCUCCCUUUGCCUCUCUUCCUGACUGCCCCAACUCAGCCACAACUCCCAGCCGCUCUCCCAGGGACUUGAGUAUCUUCUGAGGUCUCCCCACCAUAGCUGCUCUGUCCCCCGGAUGGAGCCAGAGAAAUGUGGUGGGGGGGCCGGGGCCACAGUUUUAACAUCGCCCCCCAGAAGGACAACCCAGAAUUGGGGCUCUCUGCACCAAAGUCUAUCCAAGGGAGUGGAAUGCCAGAGCCCAGGAGAAAUCAGCUUGGCAGUUGCCUAACUUCUGGAUGUCUCUCAGGGGAACAGAUCUUAGCCUGGGCGCCUGGGAUAAGAAAAGGGCUGGAACCUGAACUGCCUGGAACCCUGAUCUGCACCAACUUGAGGGUCACCUUCCAGCCCUGUGGAUGGCAGCGGAGUCAGGAUACUCCUCUGAGCAGUGAAUACGAUUUUGCUCUGGUCAACAUUGGGCAGAUAGAGGCUGUGAGUGGCCUGUCCCGGGUUCAGCUCCUCCGGCCUGGGUCUUUGCUUAAAUUUAUCCCUGAGGAGAUUCUGAUUCACGGUCGAGACUUCCGGCUGCUCAGAGUUGGUUUUGAAGCUGGAGGACUCAAGCCUCAAGCCUUUCAGGUGACCAUGGCCAUUGUCAAAGCCAAAGCUCAGAGCAGCCAAGGCCAACAGUAUGCGGGGAUAAUCCUGAGCAAGGCUGGCCAGAGUUCUGCUUCCAGAAAUCCACCUAUCCCCCUCCUGGAGACAUCAGAAGACUGGGAGACUGAGCGGAAAAAACAGGGGGCCAGGGACUGGAGGGUCAGUACUGUCAACGAGAGGUUCGACUUAGCCACCAGCCUCUCCCGUUACUUCUGGGUCCCUAAACGAACUCUGGACAGUGAGGUCAGGAGAACAUUUGGCCACUUCCAUCAGAGCCGUGGACCGCGCCUAUCCUGGCACCACCCUGCAGGCAGUGACCUUCUCCGCUCUGGUGGCUUCUGUACAGCCAGUGACCCUAACAAAGAGGACAUCAGAGCUGUGGAGUCCAUGCUCCAGGCCGGGCAUUCAGAUGUAGUCCUGGUAGACACAAUGGAUGAGCUGCCCAGUCUUGCAGAUGUCCAGCUUGCGCACUCAAAGCUGAGAACCCUCUGCCAGCCUGAUUCAUCUGCAGCUGAGGAUAAAUGGCUAUCAGUCCUGGAAGGAACACGGUGGUUGGACUAUAUCAGGUCUUGUCUUCGAAAGGCCAGUGACAUUACAGUCUUAGUUACAUCCAGGGUUCGCUCUGUAGUUCUUCAAGAGCACAGUGAUCGUGAUUUCAAUGGCCUCCUCUCUUCACUCGUCCAGCUGCUUUCAGCCCCUGAAGCCAGAACUCUGCUUGGCUUCCAAUCACUAGUGCAAAGAGAGUGGGUGGCAGCUGGACAUCCCUUCCUGACACGAUUUGGGGAAACUACAGCCAGUGAAGAGGUCUGCACAUCCCUUCCAACCUUUCAGUUUCCCUCUUCUCAGGCCCCAGUGUUCCUCCUCUUCUUGGAUUGCGUCUGGCAGCUCCUCCAGCAGUUUCCAGCUGAGUUUGAAUUCUCUGAGUUUUUCCUUCUUGCUCUUCAUGAUAGCGUCAGGGUUCCUGAUACUCUUACAUUCUUGAGGGAUACUCCCUGGGAGCGUGGAAAGCAGAGUGGACAGUCCAACUCUUAUACGAAAGUCUACACUCCAGGAUACUGUCAGCUUCCAGCGGGGGACUCAAUUAACCCACAGCUGUCUGUCUGGAACUGGAGUUUACGCUACAGCAAUGAACAGAGACUUCAAUUCCAUAAUCCUGGCUAUGACCCAGAAUCGUGUCCAGAUUCUUGGCUCCCCAGACAACAGUCAAGCUUCACGGUUCCUGGACCCCCCAGUUCUGUGUGGCUCUUCUCUAGAGGGGCCCUGACUCCCCUGAAUCAGCUCUGUCCUUGGAGAGACAGUUCUUCCAUGCUGGCAAUCUCUUCUCGUUGGUUCCCCCGACCUGCUAUCUCCUCUGAAAGCAUGGCUGAUCAGGAGUGGGGGCUCCCCUCACACUGGGGUGCUUGCCCUUUACCUGCGGGGUUGCUGUUGCCCAGAUGUCUGGGACCCCAGAUCAAGCUCUGGAAACGUUGCUACCUGAGGGGAAGGCCUGAGAUCCAGAUGGGUCUCUUAGCUCCCACAAUAUCUGGCCUCCAGGAUGAGCUAGCCCAUCUUCAGGAGCUAUUAAGGAAAUGGACACCAAGAAUAAAUAACUCCUGAGCAUCAUUUAAAGAAAAGAGACCGGAGCCAGGUGGUAGUGCAGUAGGUUAAGCACAGGUGGCGCUAAGCGCAGGGACCUGCGUAAGGAUCCCGGUUCAAGCCCCCGGCUCCCCACCUGCAGGGGAGUCGCUUCACAGGCGGUGAAGCAGGUCUGCAGGUGUCUGUCUUUAUCUCCCCCUGUCUUCCCUUCCUCUCUCCAUUUCUCUGUCCUAUCCAACAACGACAUAAUAACAACAAUAACAAUAACUACAACAAUAAAACAACAAGGGCAACAAAAGAGAAUAAACAGAUAUUAAAAAAAUUAAAAAAUUAUUAUAAAAAAAAAAGAAAGAAAAGAGACCCAAAUACCAAUCUCUCCCAAUCUUGUUGAAAUUACUGGCUUUCUUAGGGAGUUAGGCAGUAGUACAGAGGGUUAAGCACAGGUGGCACAAAGCGCAAGGACCAGAGCAAGGAUCCCAGUUCGAGCCCCUGGCUCCCCACCUGCAGGAGAGUCGCUUCACAGGCUGUGAAGCAGGUCUGCAGGUGUCUAUCUUUCUCUCCCCCUCUGUCUUCCCCUCCUCUCUCCAUUUUUCUCUGUCCUAUCCAGCAACAAAGACAAUAAAAAUAAAAAGAAGGGCAACAAAGGGGAAUAAAUAAAUAUUUUUUAAAAAAGAAAUUACUGGCUCUCUUGGGCCUUGUAUAACGUAGUCUAGGGUGAGGGUUCUUAUGAAAUUCUUGCAAUUUUUCUCAUCUGAUCUUCUUGCCUUACACUCUAGCUCAUACACAAACUUAAAAACAAACCCAUUCAAAUAGAUAGUGUUAACCUUCAAUUCUUGUUUUAAGUCUUGGGAUUUGAGGAAUUAACAACAACAAAAUACAGUGUCAGGAACAUUCUUUCUCUUAAGCUGUGAGAUCAGGGCCAUAAGGUGGCUCAGUGAGCAGAAUGCCUUCCAUAUGUGAGGCCCUGGGUUUGAUUUUCCACAUAUUAAAAUAAAUAAAUAAAAUAUAUGUAUAUAUAUAACGACAGAGAUGCUGCUCUUCAACACCAAGAUGCCAAGCAGACCUCAUUUUUACCUCCUUUUUCUGCUUCUUUAAUUCCAAUGCCUGUUUCUUCCAUUAUAGUUUCCACGGGUAUGGCGUGACACCGGCACACCGGCUUUUCCAAUUGUAAAUUUUUGUAUGACAUUUUUAUUUAAGGAGCUCAUUAAAGUACAGUAUUUAUA